GUUAGUCGGUUGUGGCUCCUUAAGCAAGCAGGUCCACCGGGGUCAGCGCCAUUCUACCGACACACGGCUCUACCACAGCUACCUCACUGCAGUGGACGCUUGUUCUGCCGGAGCUCACCACGAACCGCUCUCCGUCCCUUUGCAACCAUGUUUGAGACCAGCAGGGAUGAUCUGUUCCUGCCUUCCUACCAAGAUGAGGAGAUGGUGGACAACCUGCUGUCCAGUGAGGAGUCAGAUGUAGAUGGUGGCGAUGGAGGACACUCCCUGGCCAAGGCCCUCCUCCCCCUGGUAGAGUCCUCCUCCCCGCCCCUCAUCCCCUGGGUGUGCUCCACGCGCUACAAGACGGAGCUCUGCACCAGUACUCCGUAUGGGUUUCUGAAGUAUUGGGGCUGCCAGUUUGCACGGCUAGGAGUAUGUUCUUCCGUCACAAAAGUAAAACGGAGUGUGUGUCGCAGCUACCAAACGAGGUACUGUAAUGGCAGCCGCUGCCUGUUUGUCCACAACGCCACCGAGCAGCGCCCCGCCCUGCGCCGACGCAGGAACGUCCCCUGCCGCACAUUCCGCUCCUUUGGAGUCUGUCCCUUCGGCACCCGCUGCAACUUCCUGCACGUUGAGGAUGAAAAUGUCACCAGCGGUCCGGAGCCGUCUGAAGAUGGCGAAGAGAAGACUCCGCCUGUCCCCAGCCCCCAGCUCCAACCACACACCAAAGAGUGGAAGCCACGCGGGGCCCUGUGCCGCACCUUUAGCUCCUUUGGUUUCUGCCUGUACGGUACACGCUGCCGCUUCCAGCACGGCCUCCCCAGCAAGAUCAAAACAUCCGACCAGACCCAAGGAGGGUCCUUCUACCUUCAGCUCGCCCCUGGCAGCUCAGGCUUACCCUCCCCCACCUCCCCCUUCACAGCCACCUCUCCUAACUCUUCAACAUCCUCUUCUCCUCCGUCGGCCUCCCCUCUGGCAACCCCUCCUGCAGAGGCCACGGCCCACAAUGCCUUCACCUUCUCCAGCCAGCACCUGAGUGACCUGCUGCUGCCGCUGGCCCUCCACCUGCAGCAGCUGGAGAGCAGCAAGGCCCAGGAGAUCUGGGACAACAGAGCACUCUGACUGGGUCAUAGUUAGAACCAGCAUCAGCACUCAACACCACAGCUCCGUUAAUCUACUGUUUUUAAGUAAUUUUUUUUUUUUUUAUUGAAGUUGUCUGACUUGAGAGCUUGUGUCAGCAGGUCAAGCAGGCCUUGAACUGGUCAGUUGUAGACCAAGCAGUCUAUAAGGCCUCUAGUUCCUGACAGGUGGUCAGUGGUCUCCUGAAACACUACAGGUGUAGCUAUGAUUGUAAUUUAAUUUUUUAACUAUUGUAAAUACUUUAUUAUUCAACUGAGUAAAUGAAAUGUCUGACUGUGUCAUGAAUAAACCAAUUUUAAUCUC